CAGCAGCCAGUUACAAAUGUCAGGUCUGAAGCAUGUAAGAGUAAAUUAGCGACAGAAAGAGACAGAUCACGUGAGAGAUACCAAGCAGCUCAUAAUAUACUUUCCAAAGGUUCGAAUAAAAAUGAAUGCUGAUUAAACUUAGACACACUGAAAGAUGGUAAUUGUGCAGAUAGACGAAAAGAAUUCCAGUACUCUGGUGUUUUUUGUUAAUGGAAAAAAGGUGGUAGAUGACAACGUAGAUCCAGAACUGACAUUGUUGCAGUAUUUGAGAAAUAAAUUAAGAUUAUGUGGCACCAAGCUUGGAUGUGGAGAAGGAGGAUGUGGAGCUUGCACUGUUAUGGUUUCAAAAUUUGACAGAACGAAGAAACAAGUCAUACAUAUUCCAGUUAAUGCUUGUUUAGCACCAGUAUGUGCCAUGCACGGCCUAGCAGUGACAACAAUAGAAGGCAUUGGCUCCACCAAAACAAAACUCCACCCUGUACAAGAACGUAUCGCUAAAUCGCACGGUUCUCAAUGUGGAUUUUGCACCCCAGGAAUAGUUAUGUCAAUGUACACCCUCCUGAGGAACUCGCCAAAACCGUCUAUGAAAGACAUGGAGGUAGCUUUUCAAGGAAACCUUUGCAGAUGCACCGGUUACAGACCAAUCAUAGAAGCAUACAAAACUUUUACAGAAGAAUGGGAGUUGAUACAAAACGGAAAUAAGCUAUCAAAUACAAACGGAGGAUGUGGCAUGGGCGCCAAAUGCUGCAAGCUCCAAAAUGGAAUCAAAAGUAAACAAUCAGAAGAUGAGAAACAAACAUUAGUCCAUCCUUGUCAAUUUACACCCCACGAUGCAACUCAAGAACCAAUAUUCCCACCAGAAUUAAAACUAACUGAUAAGUACGAUAAUCAAAACUUAAUUUUUGAAAGCAAAAAUAUCACUUGGUACCGACCCACGAGUUUAAAUGAUCUACUAGAUUUAAAACAUAAAUAUCCCGAAGCUAAAAUUGUUGUAGGAAAUACAGAAGUUGGCGUAGAAACAAAAUUCAAACAAAUGAUUUACCCUGUAAUUAUCCAACCGGUUCAAAUACCAGAACUUACGAUGAUCGAAGAGACUACUAAAGGGGUUCGAGUAGGAGCGUCAGCUACAUUGAUAGACAUAGAAGAUUAUCUGAAGAAACAAAUCAGAGAUAAACCGUGUUAUCAAACCAAGAUAUUUAAAGCUAUAGUGAAAAUGAUGAAUUGGUUUGCUGGGAAGCAAAUUCGUAGUGUAGGAGCUCUAGGCAGUAAUGUAAUGACUGGUAGUCCCAUUUCCGAUAUGAUACCAAUUCUGAUGGCAGCCAAAUCAACUUUGGAACUUUCCAGCAAAACCGGUAAACGAAUAGUUCCUCUCGACAACAAUUUCUUCGUAGGUUAUAGAAAAAGUAUUGUUAAACCUGAAGAGAUCCUUUUAGCAAUACACAUACCUUUUUCUCAACAUUUUCAGUAUUUCGUAGCUUACAAACAAGCUAGAAGGAGAGAAGAUGAUAUCGCUAUUGUUAACGAAGCGGUUAAUGUCAGUUUUCUACCUAAGACUAAUAUUAUUGAACAAAUUAGUUUUGGUAUAGGUGGGAUGUCAUUCAAAACAGUAUCAGCUCCUAAUACUGAGGCCAAACUAAAGGGUUUACCUUGGAAUAGAAGCACACUAGAAAUAGCUUUUAAUUCUUUAUUAGAAGAUUUGCCAUUAGAUCCAGGUGCUCCAGGGGGAAUGAUCCUUUACAGAAGAUCACUACCUCUCAGUUUAUUUUUUAAAGCGUUUCUUACGAUAUCUCGCGAAUUACAAAAGUAUAUUCCCGAUAUCGAGUUGGACGAACGAGAAUUAAGUGGUAUUAACGAGUAUUCGAGUCAAGAAUACAAAAGUUCCCAGUAUUUUAAUGUAGCACCAGAAAUGCAAGAUAAAACCGAUUCUGUACAAAGACCUCUAGUACACAUGUCGGCCUAUAAACAAGCCGCAGGCGAAGCAAUAUAUUGCGAUGAUAUACCCAAAUUUGAAGGAGAACUACAUGCAGCCUUUGUCUUAAGCACAAAAGCACAUGCAAAGAUUCUUAAUAUAGACGAAUCAGAAGCUUUAGCUGUAGACGGAGUGCAUGCUUACGUAUCUUCAUCGGAUGUACCCACAAACGUGAAGUGGGGAACGGCAGUCCACGACGAAGAACCAUUCUACACAAAAGAAGUAACCGCCGUUGCUCAAAUAAUAGGAUUAAUAGUCGCCGAUACUCAUGCAAUAGCUCAAAAGGCUGCCAAAAAAGUAAAAGUAACUUACGAAGAACUCGAUGUAAUAGUCACUAUUGAAGAUGCGAUUAAAUAUAGGUCUUUCUUCCCGAUGCAGCGGAAAAUGGUCAAAGGAGAUGUGGAGAAUGUUUUCAAAGAAGCCAAGCAUGUAAUCGAAGGGGAAUGUCGAAUUGGAGGACAAGAACAUUUCUAUUUCGAAACACAAUCCUGUGUAGUUGUUCCUAAGGGCGAAGAUGAUGAAAUGGAAAUAUUUGCUUCUACCCAGAAUCCCUCUGAACUCUCAAAAUUAGUAAGUGAAGUAAUGGGAGUCCCGCAGAGCAAAAUCAUUACCAAAGUAAAGAGGUUAGGUGGGGGAUUUGGAGGAAAGGAAUCCAAAGGUGCGAUGCUCGCUAUUCCCCUAGCGGUGGCGGCUAGGAAGAUGAAUCGACCAAUUAGAAUCAUGCUAGAUAGAGACGAAGAUAUUUGUAUGACAGGAGCCAGACAUCCAUUUUAUUUUAAGUACAAAAUAGCUUUCGAGGACAGCGGGAAAAUGUUGGCCUGUGAAGCGGAUUUAUAUAGUAAUUGCGGAUACGCAUAUGAUCUUUCAAUGGCGGUCAUGGAUAGAGCAGUAACGCAUUUCGAAAAUGCCUACUACAUCCCAGCAGUCAGUUUGAGAGGGAUUCUUUGCAAAACGAAUUUACCAUCCAAUACGGCUUUCAGAGGCUUUGGAGCACCGCAAGGAAUGUUCUUAGCUGAAACCAUGGCACAUCAUAUCGCUGAUUAUCUCAAAAAAGAACCGGAAGAAAUUAGUGAGCUAAAUUUGUAUAGAAACGGUGAUAUUACUUAUUAUAAUCUACGAAUGGAAGACUGUACUUUGGAUAAAUGUUGGAAUGAAUGCAUGCAAUCUUCAGAUUUCGCUAACAGGAAGAAGAUGGUUAGGGAGUUUAAUAGACUAAACAAGUACAAAAAACGAGGCAUCAGCGUAAUCCCGACCAAAUUCGGCAUAGGUUUUACGGUACCAUUUUUGAACCAAGGUGGCGCCCUGGUUCUUAUUUACACAGACGGAAGCGUUCUAUUAACCCAUGGCGGUAUCGAAAUGGGUCAAGGUCUCCAUACAAAAAUGAUACAAGUUGCUAGCAGAGCUUUGGAAGUUUCUGUCGAUAAAAUUCAUACAAGCGAAAUAGCUACUGAUAAAGUGCCCAAUACUUCGGCGACGGCAGCCAGCGCUGGAUCUGACUUGAAUGGAAUGGCAGUACUGAACGCAUGUCACACUUUAAAAGAGAGACUGAGGCCGAUAAAAGAAAAAAAUCCAAAUGGAACGUGGGAAGAGUGGAUAUUAGCAGCUUACCAAGACCGUAUUAGUUUAGCAGCUACUGGUUAUUACAAAACACCUGACAUUGGAUACAAUUGGGAAUCUGGAGAGGGUAGACUAUUCAAUUAUUUUACAUUCGGAACAGCUUGUACGGAAGUUGAAAUUGAUACACUAACUGGAGACCAUCAGGUUUUGAAGACGGACAUUGUGAUGGAUUUAGGUGAAAGUUUAAAUCCAGCCAUAGAUGUCGGGCAAAUCGAAGGUGCUUUUAUGCAAGGAUACGGAUUAUUCGUCCUUGAAGAAAUGGUAUACUCUCCAAAAGGAGAAACCCUAACCAAGGGUCCAGGAACGUAUAAAAUUCCCGGUUUUGCAGAUAUACCCGGAGAGUUCAAUGUUUCUAUAUUGAAAGGAGUUUCUAAUCCAAGAGCCGUAUAUUCUUCGAAGGCUGUUGGUGAGCCUCCUUUGUUCUUGGGAAGUUCUGUACUCUUUGCCAUUAAAAAUGCAAUCCAAGCUGCAAGAGAAGAAAAUAAUGUAGAAAGAUAUUUCCGGUUGGAUGCACCAGUAACGUCAGCAAAAAUUAGAAUGGCUUGUGAAGAUGAAAUUACGUUAAAGAUAAAAGAACCUGAACCAGGCAGUUUUAAACCUUGGAAUGUUGUAGUAUAAUAAGCAUACAUCUACAAAUAUUAAAGUUAUAAAAUAAUAAGACUUCCUUUUUGUAAAUAUAUUUUUUAAGGGUGUAUUAUUAAAUAACCAUAAUAUGUUUA